AUGUCUUCAUCAGUAACAAAUAAGGCACUUGUGCCCAGAGUAGAGCCAUCCAAGUCCGACGAGAGCGAGCACUACAUCCGGUAUCUGAUUAUGCAUGGCAUCCGGUAUCUCACCCAAAGCAUGCCCAAGCGCAAGAUCCUAUUCCAACAAUUCUUGCAACUCUUCACCGCAGCCUUUAAGGUCAAGAGCAAGUUCGGUAAGCACGGCUACAUCUGGCAACUCGACUACCAGCUCAUCGACUACCUGAUCCCGCCGAUCUAUACAGGCUUCGUCCCUGGUCUGAUGGUCCGUCGUAUGACUCCUGAUGGCAAGGAAGCCGUCCCCUUCAAAUCAGAUCAACCCCCGCCCAGCAGUCAAGUCGUGUGCAUCGUGUCGGAGGAGCUUGAUGAGGACUACACCAUCCGUCUCAUCGCCAAGUUCCUCUUCAUGGAAUUAUUGCAAAGCUAUGAUCCUAAAUGGCCCGAGUGGAAUGGCAUGCCGUCUGGAGAGAUCUUACCCGUGUUGAUUGGCAAGAUCGAACUCAUCGGCCUGUAUAAAAGUGGCGCCAGUCUCCCUGCUUAUGUCGUGCAGCGGUUGAGAAAGGAGGUCGCGACGCCUAGGAUUCAUUCAAAUCUACUCAUUGCUUAUGAGUGUGAUUGUCCGGAACACUUUCGUCCUUCCCCUAAAGUCGACAAAUGCUACCUCUGCAGCCACUUGUCACCACAAAACCGCAAGCUCGAACCCGAAGCCUACAUCCUGCGAGACCGCAUCCUCCUCGUCCGCGGCGCCGACCCGGCCCACAAGCCCAUAACCACCAAUCUAAUAGAUAAAUUCGACCUGAACCGCGCGCGUCAACGCCUGAUCUCCGGCGACUUGGACCCGCUAGGAACCAUAGGAUUGCGUCUGACUGCGACAGAUGCCACAUGGAAUAAUCAGAUUAAAGCGCUGGAGUUCACCACAUAUGCGCUGGACCAUGCUGGCUUUGAUGUCAGUUUGUGGCGUGCGGUAGGAAAGUUGAUGGAUCGCGAGAACUUUGAGUCCUUCCUGGCUGCUCAUUUGGGGAGUUCUGGAGAGGAAUUUAACCAAGAGGUGACUGGGACGGAAGGUGGAAAAUUCUGGGAUACCGGCAGUGAAGAUGGAGAAGGACAGAGCAAAGGCAAGAAAAAGGACAAGGCGAAAGAAGUCCACCAUGUCCGCUACUUUGAAAAUCAACUGGCGGUCCAUGUGCAUAAUUACGCCACCGCUCACAAACAGGGGACCGGGCGUGAGCUGCAUGAUGAUCUGCCUAAAGAUCCACCAAAGGACGAGUCAUGA